AUGUCGCCCUCAAGCACUGACCAAAACACGUCUCCGUCUAUCACAGCCCUCAAGUCUCUACUCACUACAACCCUUCGCAUCACGACGACCGAUAAUCGAGUGUUCAUUGGCACAUUCAUGGGCACUGACCAACUUUUGAAUAUCAUCCUCGUCAACACUGAGGAGUACAUUCUGGGAAACGAGACUAGUCGCUUUGUCGGCCAAGUCAUGCUCCCCUGGCGCCUAGUCCUUCAUGUCGAAGCAUUUAACCAACAGAGUACUCCAAAUGGCAAAGCAAAGGAUGACAAGAGCUUGUACAUCUAA